UUACUAAAUACAUACACACAAAAUAGGUGUUAGGUGUGACUUUACACACACAUGCGUACACAAGUCCUCGUAUUGACAUAUAUGUAGACUGUGAAGAUAAAAGUGUUGGUAUGUGCGCGCGUGUUUUCUGUCGCUGGCCAGCCGUAUUCGUUCCGUCCCGUCAUGAGUCAGAGCACAGAGGAACCCAUGGCCGAGUGGUACGUUUCGUAAUUAAUUUCCCUCUCGAACGUUUGGUUAAACGCGAUGCGAUCUAUCGUUGAUCGUAGUUGUCGCACAACAACCCGGGUCACGGUUGUACGUCAAUACAAAUAACAAAUCAUCAGUCAGAGAAGAGUAUCACCGAGUUAUCGUUUAAUAAAAACCACGAGGAUGCCACUUAAACUCGUCAGGUUUAUCGUGUAUCGUCGUCCUCGCAAUUCAAUUAUUCGUCGUCAUGUUUAAUACACAAACAACAUAUAUAUCUUUGUUCAAAUUUACUUAAAUUAAUAUUUGGUAUUCGCUAAUCGGUACUCAGUUAUAAAUUUCAUUAUUUUUCAUAUUUAAUUCAAUACUAUUUUAAACAUACACAUAUAGCUUGAUAUCAAGGAGUUGAUUCGAUAAAUUUUUCACUGUAAAAUCACUUUAUUAUUAUAUGUAUUGAGUGUAACAAGAGUGAGACAGUUAGUGUUGUUGUCUAACGUAAGUUAUCAAGUCUUCGCGUUUUAAGUUUUUAAAAAAUUUAAGUUUCAUUUUUUUUUAUCACUACACCUCUUGCAGACUGAUAUUACUUCCCGGAUAUUCAAGGGUUUUUUAAGUAUUUCUGUGAUAAAUCUAAAAGAAGAACUCGAAUAAAUAGAUAAAAAAAUAGCCCAAGUAUAAUAAAUAGCAAGAAGUUGAAAAAGGUAAAAUAUUUACGAAUAAAAGUAAUAAUAAUAAUAAAAAAUGGAUCCUGGACGCAAUAGACCAAGUCGACCGCGGCUAAGGUCACAUGGAAAUCCCUCACGGGUUCUUGUCUUCGAUCAAGUUGAGUCUGAGGAUCAUAAAAAUAAUCCAAUGGAACCAGAGACUGCUCGGAGGUCACUGCCAGCGAAAGUUGAGAGCAAAGAGGCACCAGUUCGUGCUUCUGGCAGCGAAUUGUCUAACCUUGUGCGAAUGCGUAAUUCUGCUAUCGGUAAAUCUGCGCCAUCACUGUCAGUUCACAUGCGUGAAUUUAAUAUUCCAAGACGUGCGGCUAAAGCAGCUCAUCGUAAAUCCUUUAUCGCAACGACUUCACCCACUCUACCUCGAUGUCACUCACCAUUGUCUGCUUUUGUUCCUAUUGUGGGCAGUCCACUUGAGAGUCCACGCAUGUCAUCAAGUCCUCAUUUUGCAUUUGUUCCAAUCAAAAGAAUUGGCGGCGGAGCAGGAACUGCUGAUGGAAGACGUUGGUCUGUAGCAAGUCUACCUUCAAGUGGUUACGGAACAACUCCUGGUUCCAGCAACGUAUCGUCACAAUGUUCAAGUCAGGAACGUUUACACCAGUUGCCAAACAUUCCAACAAAGGAUGAAUUACGUAUGUUGUCUUGUCACUUCUCCAAGCCCGGGACUCCUUGUUCAUCGCAUCCAGGAUUCCCGGGCUCAAGUAUAUCUAGCAUUCCUGGUAGUAUAUCAUUUAGUCUUGAAGAAGAAGGCAGAAGGUCACCAUUACACCGUCCAAGAUCUCGCAGCUUAAGUAGUCCAAGUCGAUCGCCAGUUCUCGACAAUGAAAUCGUUAUGAUGAAUACGCUGUACAAAGAACGUUUUCCAAAGGCAACUCAACAGAUGGAAGAACGUCUUACAAAUUUCAUAAAUGAAAAUAAAGAAAUAGAUGAGUAUGAAAUAGUAUCACAUGUAGCACAAGACUCAUUACCAAUUAUAAGAUUUGUUCAUCAUCAAAUAAUUGAAAUGGCACGGGACUGUUUACAAAAGUCACAAGAGAAACUUAUAACUUCUCGUUAUUUUUAUGAAAUGACUGAGAGCCUUGAGCACUUGUUGAUGGAGACGAAGGAUAAAUCUUUAGAGGCAGCGACACAUUUAACUGGGUUAAUUAAGAAAUUAUUGUUGAUAAUUUCGCGGCCAGCACGGCUAUUAGAAUGCCUAGAAUUUGAUCCUGAAGAAUUUUAUCAUUUAUUAGAACAAGCUGAGGGUCAGGCAAAAAUAAAUAAUGGCAUCAAAGCGGACAUUCCUCAAUAUAUUAUUAGUAAAUUAUCGUUGAAUCGAGAUCCUAUAUCUGAUCUCCAAGAAGAUAUAAAUAAACUUGAAGAUUCGGCAAGUUUAAAUAGCAGUAAUUUAGAUUUAGCGUCAUCGAGUCCACACAAAGACGAUGACAAUAAAUCACAACGUGUGCCAUGUGAAAGUGACUACGAAGUUGUUAAAUUAAUAAGUAAUGGUGCUUAUGGUGCGGUAUAUUUAGUUAAAGAAAAAACAACACGCCAACGUUUUGCAUUAAAAAAAAUAAAUAAAAAUAAUUUAAUGCUACGUAAUCAAAUUGAUCAAGUGUUUGCUGAACGUGAUAUUAUGAGUUUUACAGAUAAUCCAUUUGUUGUAUCAAUGUACUGUAGCUUUGAGACUAAAAAACACUUAUGUUUAGUUAUGGAAUAUGUUGAGGGUGGUGACUGUGCUAGUUUAUUGAAAAAUAUUGGUCCUUUACCACCAGAUAUGGCACGUUUUUAUUUUGCUGAGACAGUGCUGGCUGUUGAAUAUUUACACAGCUACGGUAUUGUUCAUCGUGAUUUAAAACCUGACAAUUUAUUAAUAACAGCAUUGGGUCAUAUUAAACUAACUGAUUUUGGUCUCAGUAAAAUGGGUUUAAUGUCAUUGGCGACAAAUUUAUACGAGGGUUAUAUUGAUCGUGAUACACGACAAUUUUCAGACAAACAAGUAUUUGGUACACCUGAAUAUAUUGCACCUGAAGUUAUUUUACGUCAAGGAUACGGUAAACCCGUCGACUGGUGGUCUAUGGGAAUAAUUCUUUACGAAUUUUUAAUUGGUUGUGUUCCAUUUUUUGGCGAAACUCCAGAAGAGUUAUUUGCCCACACAGUAAACGAUGAUAUUGAGUGGCCAGAUGAAGAAGAUUGGCCAGUACAGCCAGAAGCUAAAGAUAUUAUUACAAAUUUAUUGCAACAAAAUGCACGUGAUCGAUUGGGUACAGGUGGUGCACAUGAAGUUAAAGAACAUUUAUAUUUUUUCGGUGUUAAUUGGAACACGUUAUUACGUCAGAAAGCUGAAUUCGUUCCUCAAUUAACAAACGAAGAAGAUACUAGUUAUUUUGACACACGCAUGGAUCGUUACAGUCAUGAUUUUGGUGAGGAUACUGAUGACACUGAUGAUUCACCGCUAUUCGGAAGUUUCUCUUCAUACUCACCUCAAUCACGUAAAAUAUCUCAGUCACGUCCGCCUGUUCUUGUAAACGAUAAUGAACUUGACUUUACCAAAAAACAACUUUUCCGCAAUGAACUUGAACGCAGUGUGUCACAAUUAUCACCAAGUUCUUCCUAUUCACCACCACUAAGAUUUAAUAUUGAUAAAGCUCCAUUGUCCUCAUUGACUAUUGAGAAAAAUCGUUUUUCUUUACCACCCACUGCCAAAAAUACUCAAGACACUAGUAAUGAAUCAAUAAAUAAAAGUUUGGAUAGUUCUAUUUCGUUAAAUAGUAGCCUGGCAUCAACUAUCAGUGGUAAUAGUAGUAAUAACAAUAGUAGUAGUAGCAGUGAAUCACGUAAUACUAUUAUUAAAAAACCAAUGACUGAUACAUUAAAUACUACGAAUACUACAAGUAUUAAUGUCAGUACACCAGAAUCAUCACAAACUGAAUCGGAUGACAUAAGCCCACAAAUACACAGAAGACGUCAUAUUCAUGCACGUGAUAGGCUGCCCAGGUUCAGUAUUUCCAUUGAUGGUGAUCAUAUGAUUGAUUUAGCAGCAGCUAAUAAAGAAAUAGCGGAAGAUAAACAUAAUUCAAGUACAGACUCAUUUGAAUCAUUAAACAUAACACCACUUCCGUUGGCAACGAAACAAAAAUCGCGUUCUGUUAUUAAAUCAGCAUCAACUAGUGGACUUUCUCUCGUUAUACCUACAAAUGAUUUUUCAUAUGAUCCAUCAGUUUGUCAGUCGAUAGAAUCUCCUGGUGGUUCAUCAACAGCUUCAUCUCGAGAUACAUCACCGUGUCGUGAAUUAAGUCCACUAGUUACGAGUUUAAAACCACCAAUAAUUAUCCGUCGCGGUCCAAAUGGUUUUGGUUUUACUGUUCAUACUAUUAGAGUUUUUUAUGGGGAUACUGAUUUUUAUACAAUGCAUCAUUUAGUUAUGGCUGUAGAUCAAUUAAGUCCUGCAUUUGAAGCUGGUUUAAGACCAGGUGAUUUGAUAACACAUAUCAAUGGUGAACCAAUACAAGGUCUAUAUCAUACCCAAGUGUUACAAUUGAUGCUCAGCGGUGGUGAUCAUGUAACACUUCGUAGCACACCCUUGGAGAAUACAAGUAUUAAGACUGGCGGCCGGAAACGUGAACUUGCACAAAGUAAAAUGGCACGUAGGACAUUGCACCGACAGCGUAAACAAAAACGUGAUCAUUCAGAUAAGAAAAGGAAGACGUCACUCUUCCGAAGAAUAAGCUCGAAACGUGCGAGUGUUGAAAUGCAGCAGCCAUUAACUAUCAGUUGCCCAUUGUCGGCACCCAUUCUACCAAGCGACAGCAAACCUCCACUUAUGAUGGCCGCAGGAAUAUGUUCUCCGUCCAUGGUAACACCGAGUCGUUCAUUUCAAUCGUUCACUCGGUCAUUACCACCACAACAAGAGUCCUCGGCAUAUUUUGCUGGGUUACCUAAGUCUGUAUGUACUCCGUCCCCACCGACGACAAACCGUCCCAGUGUUGAUUCAUAUCAUUCAACUGGUGGUAAUUCAAGCCCAUGUUCAAGUCCAAAUUCAUCAUCAUCACCUGGUUCAAGUACUUCUGUGGGUCCUGGUAUAAGUACAAUAGCUAAUCAAUCACCACAUUAUCAACGACCGAGUACACUUCAUGGUUUAAAACAUAAAUUACAUUCGGCUGCUAAAAAUAUACAUUCACCUAAUCGUAGAAAGUCUGUUGGUCACAUUCCAUUAUCGCCAUUGGCAAGGACACCGAGUCCUUCGCCAAUUCCUGCUAGUCCUACACGAAGUCCAAGCCCAUUGGCUUUUCCUACUGGACAUCAACCUGGUAGCUCUAAUACUACACAAUCAUAUAGUCCAGGAACUUCUUUAUCUACUCCAGCGAGUUCAAAAAAAAGUUACGGCCGUCCAAAGUCAGCAGAACCAGGUUCACCAUUACUACGUCGUGCAUUAAGUCCCGAUAGGCUGCAUCCACGUUCUGCUGAAAAUAAAACAUCUAUUUCUCCAUUGGCUAAUAGUGUUGUACGUGUUACACCUAGAGUAACAAUUGCUCAGACUUCUUACCCAGAAUCCAGUGAUGAUAAUAGUGAUACAUCUAAAGAUUUAAAUGAUAAAAAUGAUAUUAAAAAAUCUGUUGAUAAGUCUAAUGAGUAUUCAAAAAUAUCACACACAAUGCCAAUGUCUAUAAAUAUUCCUGGUGUUGGAUUAUCUAACUCGUGUGGUGGUACACAAUUACCCCGAAUUGCUGAAGAAAAAGACUCACCAACAGGAUCUAAGAGCGAUGAUUACUGUAAAGAUACAAGUAGCGAUUCAAUUACGUCGUCUAGUGGGGAAAAAAUUACUACUGGACUUGAUAAAAAUGAUGAAAGUAAAUUAAGUUCUAAUUCAGAAAGUAGUGCAUCAUCGGAUUCUGCUAAAACUGUUAUACCUUGUGUUAGUGAGGGCAAUAAAUCAUCAUUGUCAUCAAUGUCAUCACUGUCAUCAUCAACUUCGUCAAUAUCAACAACUUCUUCUACAUCGGUAUCUACUACAUCAGCUUCUUCGUCGGCAGCAAAUCAAUCAACUGAAUCUCGUAAUAAAAAUUUUAAUCCGACAACUUCUGCCACUACUGCUAGUAAUGAUUUUGAUGCAGCAACUCCUAAAAUAAUUGAAUGUAAGAUUUUUAAUAAAAGUAAAAUGGAAACAAGUCUAGAGACACGUAAAAUUUUAAAGAGAUACAAAGUUGAUAGCAUGGAUUCAUCAGCUUCGGGUAAAAAUGAAAAUAAUACAGCCGUCGAAGACAAAAAAAAUAAGUAAAUGUUUUUUUUUAUCAUUUUCAUCACUUUAUUAUUUAUUUUAUAUAUAACAAUUAAUACAGGAAUUGUAUUACGUACUUGAAAGCAUAAAAAUAGUGACAAUGGUGCUUUCUUGACAAAAAAAAAUUUUUAAAAAUUACCUUGAAUAAUUAACGUCUUUCUGAUUGUAAAUAAUUAAAAUGACAACUGAUUUGUAAAUAUAAAUAUAAAAAAAAGGAAUGAAAUGUUAUUUACUCGGCUUACGUCAAAUAUUUAAAUUAAUACAUCACAAUGCAUUCCUUUUUGAUUAUGUAAAUUAAAGAAUUAACAAAAAUAAAAAAUACACAAAGGGAAAGUUAAAUAAAAUAAAAUUUAAUUACUGGGAGAUAAGUUCAUACAAAUUAUAUAUAAUCGACUGAAGCAUCAUCAUUCGCAGUAUUUAAUCGAUCUCAUUUUCAUUGACAUUGAUCACUUUUUUUUUCUUUUCAUUUCAAUAGACUAGCACGUAUAAAUAAAAUGAAACAAACAUUUAGAAGGAUCUCUGGAGUAAUUUAGAGCUAAAAAUAUCAAACGAGAUUCUUUUUUUUUUUUUUUUCUUUUUUUUUUAAGACUUGAAUACAAAGUCGUUAACUUUUUUUUUUAAAUGUAAUAUUUAUGUUGACUUAAUUACCAUCAAGCUGCCAUUUAAUCGCCGAUAUUGAAUUUACAACAAAAAAAUAUAUAAUAAUUAUGGAAUUGACUUUCCGUAAGAUUUAAACGCAAAAGAAAAAAAAAUUCUUAAUAUGCACGUGCUACUUUUUUUUUUUAUAAAUUUUUGGUCACUUAUGUUGACAUUGAAAUAAAUGUUAGUAAAAAUAAACAAUCAAUAAUUAUGUAAUAGAUUGAUAAUAAUUAUCGUAUUGAUGUUAAAAAAAAAAUGAAUACAAUCGAAUAAAAUAUAUAGAUAAGUAUUGCUCACUAUCAAAGCUUAUAAAACUUAACAAUUAUCAAUAAAAAAUAUGUGACCUAUUUACGAACAAAUAAUUUAUUGGUAAAAACAUCGAAAUUAUUUAUUUAAGCAACAAAUAAUCAUUGUGACACGUCAUAUCUUUUGUAAAACAAUUUUAUUAUUGAUAAUUAUUUUUGAGCAAUCAUUUAUUAAUUUAAAUGUAUGUAAUGUGUGUUUUUAUCUCUAAUAUUUAAAUUAGAUAUUUUAAUAUAAUUUUUCUUAAUUUUAAAUUAAAUUAAUUAUUAAAAAUUGAGUUAAUGUUAACAAUUUAUUGAUAUUAAUUAUCGUUCAUUGUUUUGUCGCAAUUACAGUUACAAUUUUUUCUUAGCAAUUUGUUAUAAUGAUUGAUUUAUAAUUAUUAAGUAUUACUUAUUAAUGUUAUAUGUUGACAUUUAAAUUUGCGAUAAAAAAAGUUAACAAAAAGCAAAAAAAAAAAGGUUUAAAUAGUUAUUGCAAUUUAAAUUUAAAACGUUGUUUUUUUUCUUAAUUAUUAUGUUUGUCAACAUUACUUUUUAAAAUUGUCAAUUAUUAAAUUGUCAAAUUUGUUGUAAAUAAUUUUUUUGGUUCAUACCAAGGAGUGGUUUAAUGUUGUAUUUAACGUCAAUCAAAAAGAAUCGGUACAAGAUACAAGAAAAGAAUUAAAAAUAAUAAUAACGAUAACAAUAAUAAAAAUGAAAAGUGAAAGCUUAAGUAAGUAAGAAAAGUUUAAAAAAAGAACAAAGCAAAAUGUAUAUGCAUAAAUAAUUAUUUAAAUAAAAAGUUGAAUGUCUUAUUAUAAAUAAAAAAUUUUUUUGCUUGUGGUAGAUAUUUCGUGUUAUACUAAAUAAAUAAAAAUUAUCGUGUGUCUUUGUUGUAAAACAAUUAAAUUGUUGAUUAGAAUUAAAAGACUAGUUGUCUCCGUAUUCACUUAAGUCAUAUUUAAAUGCUGAUCAAAAAAGUAAUAAUAAUUUCACACAAUAGAGUAUAAAUCAAUAGUUUACAUCAAUUUAUUAAUUUUCCUAGUUUUUUUUUAUUCGUAUUUAGUAGAGCUGUGCUUUUUUUUAUAUCUAUUACUUUUUUUUUUAUUUAUAUUUAGGUUGUGAUACAUUAGAAUGUCAUUUAUUAUAAAUUAAAAUUAGGCAUUUUUUUUAUUAACAUAUUUCAAGUAUGCACUUACUUUAUUUCUUUUAAUCUUUUUUUAAUCCGAAAAUAUGUUUCUUAAUUUUAAUAACGGAUUAUUUUUACUUUUGUUGUCUACAACUUGAUAAAAAAAAAAAAAAUUAAAAUGCAAAACUACAGUUUGAUAUAAACUAUUUAAUAAAUAAUAAAAAUGAUAAUGGAGCGCAAUGAUUGAAACGUUUAAAUUAAUCAGGUAAAAAAAAGCUUAUAGUCGAUAACUAAUGAUCGAUUUUGAUCAAUAAUAGGUCGGAUCUUUUUUUAUUGACUAUAAGAAAAUAAUAAAUACGAUUUAUGAUAAAUCAAGUGGAGUAUGUUUUGCUUAAUUAGCAAUAAAACGUGAGAUAAAAAUGUCGAAUUUAAAUAAAUAUAUAAAUAUAUAUAAUAUGUGAAUGUCAAAAUUCGUAAUUGUAUCGAUAAUUGGAAAAUUAUUAUUUUUAAAUUGAUAUAUUAGAUAUAUAUGAAUAUACUUGAUAUACCAGAUUUUUAAAUCUGAUUAUUGUGUAUCCUCUUUUAUCUAUUAUAUUAGAUC